AUGACGGAAAUAGCACUAUUAGUGGCGGAGGAAUAUGAGCGGAAGGUGAAGCUGACGGCGGAGAAAGGAUCGAGUCCGGCGGAGGUUGGCUGGUGGAAUGAUUUUCCAGAGAAAAUGAUGAUGUUUGGGGCUGAGGAGAAGAAUAUUGAAGAUUUAACAUACUGUAAUAAACUUCCAAAUCCUUCGUUGAAACCAAUCUGGAACUUCGAGGCUUGUUUGCUACGAAUGGAAAGCGGCGAUGAGAGUCCGGUGGUUCUGAUAACGGGAUGCUCGCAGGGAGGCAUUGGUCACGCUCUGGCGCGUGAGUUCUCUGUGAACGGGUGUCGAGUGGUGGCGACGAGUCGUUCCCGGAGCACGAUGACGGAUCUGGAGCAGGAUCCGAGGCUGUUCGUGCAGGAGCUUGAUGUGCAAUCGGAGCAGAGCGUCAGCAAAGUUCUGUCGAAUGUGAUAGACAAGUUCGGUCAAAUCGACGUCCUCGUCAACAACGCCGGCGUUCAGUGCGUCGGACCUCUGGCGGAGAUCCCCAUUUCCGCCAUGGAAAACACCUUCAACACCAAUGUGUUCGGUUCCAUGAGGAUGACUCAAGCCGUUGUACCUCACAUGGUGUCUAAGAAGAAGGGAAAGAUUGUCAACGUUGGAAGUAUCACUGUUAUGGCACCAGGUCCAUGGGCAGGGGUCUAUACAGCAACCAAAGCUGCUAUUCAUGCUCUUACCGAUACCCUCAGGUUGGAGCUCAGGCCCUUUGGCAUUGAUGUCAUCAAUGUAGUCCCAGGAGGAAUACGAACGAACAUAGCAAACUCGGCCGUUGCAAACUUCAAUAAAAUCCCUGAGCUGAAACUAUACAAGCCUUACGAAGAAGCAAUCAGAGAGAGAGCGUUCUUAUCACAGAGGAUGAAGCCAACUCCUGCAGAGACAUUCGCCAAGGACACUGUAGCUGCAGUGCUGAAGAAGAAUCCACCCGCUUGGUUCUCUUCAGGCAGGUACUCAACCCUCAUGGCGGUCAUGUACCACAUGCCCCUUUGGUUCAAAGACUUUCUCCUGAAGAAGACUUUAAUGAAAAAGGGAUAA